AUGGACGAGUUAGAAAAACUAAGUUGUAAGGAAGAAAUAUGCGACGUGAGUGAUAUGGAACAUUCGGCAACCGACGAUCACAAGGUAACGGAAGGGAAAAUAAAGAAGAGGCGAAGAAGGCGAAGGGAGAUUGAUUUAAUUUCUGAAGACGAUGAAACAGAAGAUGAUGAUAUACCCAAGAAAAUGUACCGCCGGAUCAGCCCGGGCCCGGGACCCAUAUCGCCCGCAUCCCACAGAGAACCGCGCACUUGUGUUUUAAAAGCUAGCCAGAAGCGGAAACCUCUAUCGCGGCUCCUAGAACAACUACUUCGGAAUCUUGAGAAGCGUGAUCCAAACCAAUUCUUCGCCUGGCCAGUGAAUGACAACUUUGCCCCCGGCUACUCCACCAUCAUCAAGAAGCCCAUGGACUUCUCAACAAUGAAACAGAAGAUUGAUGAUAAUGAAUAUAAAUCAUUGAAUUGUUUUAUAAGUGAUUUCAAGCUGAUGUGUAACAAUGCAAUGAAAUACAAUAAACCAGGAACGGUAUACCACAAGGCGGCAAAAAGAUUGUUGCACGCCGGCCUCAAACAACUGACUCCACAGAAACUGAGGCCGCUGGGGGACAUCCUCACCUACAUGUACGAGAUACCUCUUAGAGAACUCGGCUUUGACAUCGGCAAAAUGGAUGUGCAUAAGGUGCUGAAGAGGAGCAGUCCCGUGAAGAGCGGCGGAGAGGAGGAGGCCGCCUCGGACGGGGGGGAGACGGGCGACGGAGGGGGGGACGGGGUCAAGAUACAGAUGGAGGCCGCCAGGGAGCAGCACCGGCGGAGGCUGGCCAAGAAAGCCUUCCCCCGUAUGGACGCAGAAGGAAAGACCACGCUGAAGCUGGUCACUCACACCGUGGACGGCAGCGGAGAGGACAAGCCGCUCACAUUGGGACAGUACAUCGGGAAACUGACCCAGGGCACGGGCUCCUUACACAUCCCUCGCGAGGAUCGUCGCAACAUCGCCAAGUGCGUGAGGCCGCUCCACUACGGUCCAUUCAGCUCGUACGCUCCCUCGUACGACGGAACCUUCGCCACGCUCUCCAAGGAAGAGUCACACCUCGUGCUGCACACGCUGCCGUACGAGACGGGUCAAGGUAACGAGGAGAUGCUCCGCUUCGCGCCCGACUCUCCCUGGCAGCACAUCUACGACAUGGAGCUGCUGUUCCCCGACAAGAAGAACCGCCCGGAGACACCUCCGCCCAAAGACGAGAGUCAGGAGUUGUCAAAGGUGAAGAUCGACAUCGAGGAGCUGCGGUCGCUGGCCUCGCUCGGCAUCGACGUGGACUUCCUCAACGACCUGGAGCACGCCACCAAGGACUACGGCCUGGGGCCCGCGCUCAAACAUACCUACGGCCUGCUCGCCGCGCUCGAGAAGGAGCAGAGGGAACGUUUAUCAGCGUCGUCUCCGUGGCACCUGUCGCUGGUGUGCGGCGCGGGCCCGGCGGAGCGCGAGGCGGCGCGGGCGGCGGCCGGCUGGCUGAGAGCUAUGGUGGCCAGGGUCCCGCCCAAGGAAGUCGCCACACACGCCGCGCUCAGGAACGCUAUGGGCGUCACACUCGAACAUCUAGACACUCCUCUAGCCGUGGAUGACUUCGAGGAGCUGCACGAGGCGAGGGACGCGUCUGACAGAGACUCACGGUCCAGCAGGGACAAAACGGUAUUUGAUAAGUCACUUGAAUUUAACGAGUGUUACCGCCUCCACGGAUUUGAUUGUAAAUCAGCAUUCAGCAAUAAUGAACAAUGGCCCGGGGACCUGUCGGUGAUCCUUCCCACCCUCGGAGAUGGCCAGGACCCUCGCUCACACGGGAACAAGAGAACUACACUAGGAUACUCAGAUACAAACAACAAUGAACUUUAA